AUGCCGGAUGUCAAGCGCACUAUUAAAAUCGUCACGGAGUCACCCGGUGGCUACAUGGUCUGGAUGGACCCGAAUUCCGGUAUUGAAGGCUUUCCACUCCGCCGUUGGUCUGUCGAGAUAUACCUCCUGAACGAGCAUGGAGAGUCUAUUCCCGCGUCCUUAUUCCCAAAAGUAACAUACAACCUACAUCCUAGUUUUGGUGACAGAGCUACGCAGGCUAUAAAAUCUCCUCCGUUCAGAAUUGAGGAGGAAGGAUGGGGAGAAUUUGAUAUGCAGAUUUCCUUGACUGCCGCAGAUAAGGAUCACCUCAUCACGCAUGACCUGAACUUCCAGUCCAACAAGUAUGAAUCAAAGCAUGUGAUUACGUUCAAAAACCCUAAACCACAGCUCCUGGCCCUGCUACGUGAGUCCGGCCCUGUUCCAGGCGACGAGAAUGGAGUGAAGAAAAGAGGCCAGGACGAUGCCUCUAAGAAGAAGAAACGAGUCGAUAAGAACAUCGAUAUGGAUAAGUUAGCAGACGGUCUGCAGAAGCUGGGAGAAGACGAUUUGCUCCAGGUUGUCCAGAUGGUACAUGACAAUAAGUCCUCGGACUCGUAUACCAAGAAUGAUAUUGAACAGGGAGAAUUCCAUGUUGACUUAUAUACCCUCCCCGACACUCUGAUAAGGAUGCUCUGGGACUUUACACAAGAAAAGGGAGUAGUAUAG